GUUUCUGUAAACAAACUUCCAAAACAAAGGAAAAGAAAAAAUCCACCACUGGCAAAAUGAUGCUCGGCGAAACCCACCGCCCAAAUCCAACAAUCCAUGUCCCUCCAUGGGAUCUAACCGUCGAUGAUCCAACGGCUGAGAUGUACUCGCCAUUUCCCUUGAGCGGCGUCUCUAUUAACUCCGACUGUAAUGGUGGUGAUUACUCUCCGUACUAUCUUCAUGAAGCUCUGUCAGCGCUGAGUCCUUACUUACAGUCGGCGAACGACAUGGAUGCCGACUCUGAUGAUGACGUUUCGGGUCGGGAAUCGGAUGCUCCGGUUGACGCGUACUCGUGCGAUCAUUUCAGGAUGUUUGAGUUCAAGGUUCGACGUUGUGCCCGGGGGAGGUCACAUGACUGGACAGAGUGUCCUUACGCUCAUCCUGGUGAGAAGGCUCGCCGUAGGGAUCCCAGGAAGUUUCACUAUUCAGGUACGGCUUGUCCUGAUUUUAGAAAGGGUCAUUGUAAGAAGGGUGACUCGUGUGAGUUUGCUCAUGGGGUUUUUGAGUGCUGGCUUCAUCCCGCUCGGUACCGGACUCAGCCAUGCAAGGACGGUACCAAUUGCAGGAGGAGGGUCUGUUUCUUUGCCCACACACCGGACCAACUGAGAGUCUUGCCACAGCAGAGUCCCAAAGGUUCGAACGCGGCUGAGUCGUACGACGGUUCGCCUCUUAGGCAGGCGAUCGAGGCUUCAUGCGUGAAAACGCUGCCGUUUCUCUCUCCUCCGACGUCUAUUUCGCCGCCGGCAACACCUCAGGCGGAUUCUCCACCUAUGUCGCCUAUGGCACAUGUUUUGAGUCGUUCUCUUGGUUCGAGCUCGAUCAAUGAAAUGGUGGCCUCGCUGAGGGACCUGCGACUUGGUAAGGUCAAGUCUCUACCCUCUUCCUGGAGCAACACUCAAAAGGGUUCUCCCGGGUUCGGGUCACCCAGAGGGUCAAUUCUACGACCCGGUUUUUGUAGCCUGCCCACAACUCCUACCCGAGCCCCAACCCGUCCUAGCUAUCUGGAUUUCUGUGACCUGGAAGAGGAACCGGCUAUGGAGAGGGUGGAGUCCGGCAGAGACAUUCGUGCAAAAAUGUUCGAGAAACUCAGCAAGGAGAAUUCUCUCAAUCGGGUCGACCCGAAUCCUAAUCCAUCUGUUGGUGCUCCCGAUGUCGGGUGGGUCUCGGAGCUAGUCAAGUAAAAAAAAAAAAUCUAAGGAAAAAAGAAUGAAGAGCUAAAAGUGGAAAGCUCUGUCAUGGUUAUUGGAAAGAUUGCCUUGAUUUCUUACCCAUUAAGAUUAAAAUUUAUUUAGGGGGUUAGUUUGGUGAUGGUUUUUUUUUGCUUCCUCACUCUCUGUCUCUCAACACUGUGGAUAUACCUGAAAAAAAAGAGAGAUUAGAGUGACUUGGAAUUUGAGUUUGGAAGCAAAGUCAAGUUCAAGAUUUCGAUUAUGUACAUAUUUUUUAUCAACUAAAGACUAAGGAUAAGGUGGCGGUAUGCAUGGGUGAAGAGGAGAAUCUCUAUUUUGGGGAAUUUACUGAGAAGAAGAAAAAAAGAAGAUUAGAUUGUGAAAAGAAGGAAGAAAAAAAGAAAUUAUGAAUUCCUACUUUUUUUUGUUGUUGUAUAGUUUAAGCAGACAGUGAUCAAUGCCCACUUUCCCUUUUGCUUAUGUUAAUUAUUGUAUUUAAUUAUCACUAUCCCACUAUGCUAAUCCUAUCUUUUAUUGUAAAAUUUUAUUCUCAUGUAUGGAUUAUCCUAUUGCAACUAUUAUUAAUGUAUUGUAUAUUUGUAUU